UGUGUCACUCGAUAGGAGAGAUGGACGAACGAGACGUGAACGACUUUUGCCCGUUCUGCAAGACGGACGUGUACUUUUUGCAGAACGCCGAGAUGCUCGUGACUCCAUGUGGACACAAGUUCUGCACUACUUGCAUCAGACAACACUUUACACAGCUCACCAUGCCGUGCUUGGUCUGCAAGAGGCUGGUCAAGCGGACUGAGCUCGCACGCCAGACCUUCCAGGAUCUCGGCGUCGAUCGCGAGGUCAAGAUUCGCCGUAACGUCAUGAAAGUAUUUACAAAGUCUGAAAGCGCAUUCGCGUCACUCGACGAGUACAACAACUACCUUGAAGAAAUUGAAGACAUUGUGUUUAAUCUUGCCAGCAACGAUGACAAUGAUGUGCGAGAAGCAACCGAGCGCUUGAACAAGUACAAGCAGGCACACACCGCGGAAAUUGAAGCCGCCGCCAAUGCCGCCGCCUCAGCCCAAGCCCAGCGCUAUCGUCAAGCCCGAUUUGUAUACCAGGCUCCUCCUCGGAACAACAACGGUCCGCGGAUACCCACCCUUUCCGAAGUCACUUCGCUGCAGUACACUCAACUUGUCCAAGAAAAGGACGUGUCCAAAGCUGCCGGUUUUUCGACGGCUUAUCCUGCUCGACGCGCAUUAUGUGAGGCGUUCUCAAGUUUGUACGAUGCAUAGUCGUGGUCAAAGAGAAGAUAUUAUCGAAUGUAUUUUUUGAAUUAUUUUUGCUACGCUGAAAACAAACACAAAAG